AUGGGAAAGGAUGGAAGGUGGUUCGAAAACAGACAGGACACAAUCGGUAGACGUAGAUCCCUUUUCUCAGGACAAAGAGACACCCGGUUGGUCACUGACCUGAGAAGGGACGAACUUAAAAAGCUAACAGAGAUCCUGCACCUAGACAACACAAGAGCGAGACACUCUGAUGAGGUCGUCAAGCGUAUGAUCCACGAGUUGCCAAAGAAUAUGCGCCGUGAUCGCUGGUCAAGAACGAACAAGGAUUUGUGCGAUGCCCAUCAGGGUCUGAAUGCAGAUCUUAUGGCUGAUGUGUUCAAUCUUGUCCAGAGGGAGGUCGGUCACCAUCUUCGCAAGUUUGACGCAUACCCGGACUUGCUGAAGCCUCUCGAUAUAUUGAUUCUGCAGAAACUACAGGCUAUAAAGGGCAUGUGGGAGAAACAUGACCCGAAAGACCAGGCUGUCUCAGAAGCAUGGCAUUAUGAGAUCAGCCGCUGUCAGGGUUGUAUGGUGGCUCGGAUUGCGGGUGACAAGAAUGCAUUGCGCAAUCUUCGAAUAGCCCUGCUCUCUCGCACGCAGACCCGUUUGAAUCAUGCCCCACGAAGACUUAUGAAAUUCGUCGACACCUGUAUUGACCUAUUCCCCGAUGAUGUGGAUGAGCUGUAUGGCACAUCUAGCCAGUUUGCAUACAUCCUGAAGGAUACCCGCAAGGCCUGCAGUAAGGCCUGGUCUAAAGACCCAGCACAUGUGGACUCGAGGCCCCCACAGCGAAGGCACACCGAUCAUGAUCAGAUCGACAAGAUGGACAAUAGUGAAAAAAGCGGAAAGAGUGGAAAGAGUGCACGUAGCCAUAAACCGGCUAGUGAGUAUAACCCGAGGAAGAAGUAUCCCCAGCCACCACCACCAAUCGCAUUAUCCCACCCCACAGAAAGGUAUGGCCCCGAAUCUUCCUCGUCAUCUCAAUUUACUGACACUGACACCGAAGGGCGCAGAAUAUAUCGCCCGACGUCGAGUCCUUCCAAGAAGGCCUCGACAUCAUCGUACCACAUGAAGCGAGAUCGACGCUCAGACCCGAACCCGGAUCGCGUCACUAGAUUCAUGGAUUUCGCCGAUGACAACUACUAA